AUGACGGACGCAUCCUCUGAUGCAUCAGACGCUGAAGUACCAGAGAAGGAAGAACCCAUUGCAGCAGAGCAAACGGAGCAAAGGCCACAGAAAAGAAAUGCUUUCUCGGAGCUCAUGUCACCAAAAAACAAGCAUCAGAAGCAUGCCCAGGAAGAUAAACCAAAACACGCAGCUAAGCAUCCUUCAGAAUUCAGAGUUCGUGAUGCACUAGGUGCCUAUAUCUCGAAGCCUGAAUCCUAUCCCUCUUCCACUGUGGUCUACUACGACGACGACUUUGUCGCGCUUCAUGAUCGUUAUCCCAAAUCCUCUCUCCACCUCCUCUUGCUUCCACGCGAUCCCUCGAAAUUUCGCUUGCAUCCAUUUGAAGCCUUUGAAGAUCGAGAAUUCCUGGAAAAGGUUAAAGUGGAAGUGAAGAAACUUCGCACCCUUGCCGCCGGUGAGUUGCGGAGAAAAUAUGGGAAAGAAUCGAGACUGGAAAAGGCAAGACAAGAGGCCAUGGACGCCGACCCACCACCAGAAGAGCUGCCGCCAGGGAGGAACUGGGAAGCGGAGAUCAUGUCGGGAAUCCAUGCGCACCCGUCCAUGAAUCACUUACAUAUCCACGUUCUGUCAGUGGAUCGGCAUAGUGAGUGCCUGAAACACAAGAAGCACUAUAACAGCUUUUCUACCCCCUUUUUCAUUGAUAUAAAUGACUUUCCGCUUGCGAAGGAUGAUGUAAGGAGGCACCCUGGAAGAGAAGGGUACCUAAAGCGUGAUUAUGUAUGCUGGCGAUGUAAGAAGAACUUUGGCAACAGGUUCACGGAGUUGAAAAGACACCUUGACCAAGAGUAUGAGGAAUGGAAACGGAUAUAA